UAAAAACCAAGUGUGUUCUUUCACCCCCUCCAAGUCACCUGCCUUUUGCCACAGCCCUCCCGUCUGCCAAGUUUACGUACAGGUCUUUUUUCUGGCCCACGGCGAGACGUAACUUUUUAGUGCCAAGUCUGCACACUACCGCAAAUGGCAGAAGGAAGUAUUCUCUCGGGGAAGAACCCUCUCACCGACCCCGUCGCCCUCUUCCUCCUUCAAGCACUGAUUAUCAUUGUGCUGUCGAGGUUACUGGCGAUCCUAUUGGGAUAUGUGAGGCAACCGCGCGUCAUUGCUGAGGUUAUUGGUGGUAUCCUGUUGGGGCCUUCCGUUUUGUCGAGGAGCGCAGCUUUCAAGGAAAAUGUCUUUCCUACUUCGUCCAUCCCCCGUCUCAGUCUUAUUGCCAACUUUGCCCUCAUCUUCUUCUUGUUCCUUGUGGGACUGGAGCUUGACCCCCGGACCCUCAUGAAGAAAGCAAAGCAGUCCGCCUUUAUUUCCAUCUCGGGAAUCGCCGUUCCGUUUGCCGUCGGUGUGGGCGUUAGUAAAGCCAUCUACGAUACGCUCGCGGAUAAGACUGUGCCUUUUUACUCCUUUUUUGUGUUUUGUGGUGUGGCAAUGUCAAUCACUGCCUUCCCCGUUCUUGCACGUAUUCUAACCGAGCUGAAGCUGUUGCAAACGACCGUUGGCCAAGUAACACUUGCUUCCGCCGCUGUCGAUGAUGGUGUAGCAUGGUGUCUCUUGAUCCUGGUAGUCGCCCUUAUCAACAACCCCAGCGACUCUGUUACAGCUGUAUACGUUUUCCUUCUCGUUGUAGCCUGGGGUCUCUUCCUCGUCAUAGCUGUUCGCCCCCUUUUGGCGUAUAUUGUUCGCCGGGGCGCUGACAACGACCAUAUCUCCCAUUUGAGUGUGCUAGCCACAUUUAUUGUGAUUCUUGGAUCAUCGUGGUUUACGCAAGCUGCGGGUGUGCAUGCUAUCUUUGGCGGUUUCCUUGCCGGAUUGAUUACUCCCCAUGACCAUGGAUUUGCAAUCAAACUGACUGAAAAGAUUGAAGACUUUGUCACCAUUCUGUUGCUUCCUUUGUACUUUGCCCUCUCUGGCCUCAACACAAACAUCGGUACCCUCAGCGAUGGACAAGCUUGGGGAUAUACUAUUCUUGUAAUUCUGGUUGCUUGUGGUGGCAAGGUUGUUGGUUGCACUGCGGCAGCCAAAUUCACCGGAUUCAACUGGCGGGAGUCUUUUGCUGUUGGCUUUUUGAUGAACACCAAAGGUUUGGUGGAGCUUAUCGUACUGAACUUGGGUUACGAAGCUGGGGUCAUCAACCAAAAGAUUUUCAGCAUGUUCGUCAUUAUGGCCCUCGUAACCACCUUCAUGACAACACCAAUUAUCAGCUUCAUCUACCCGCCACAGUUCUACACGCAUAUCCGUCGCGCUGCGUCGCACGAUACUCUAUCAAUGUCAAGGUCGCAUCACGACCUUGAGAAGCAUGAAUGGGAGUCCAACUCGAACCACGAGCGAGGCGGUAUCCAAGUUCUUUUGUGCCUGCCCAAUAUGGCUACUGUUCCCGCCAUGAUGAGCGUCACACAAAUGUUCCAGACGACCCGUUCCUCGUUGAGUGUAUUUGCCCUUCGGUUGAUCCGACUGACAGAACGUACAUCGACGUACAUGAUGGCUGCCAACGAAGGCGAGACAAUGCGUGCAGAUCCGGUUAUCAACGUGUUCCGAACCUUUGGUCAGCUCAACAGAGUGAGUGUACAUACCCUCGUCACCGUCUCCCCACCCGAAGACUUUCCAAGCAACAUUGUGGAAACCAGUGUGGACUCGAAGAUCAACUUGAUCCUUCUUCCAUGGCAACAGCCUCCAGGAGAAUCCAGGCAGAGCUGCAUGAACGACCACUUUGUGAAGGAUGUCGUUGAAGCCGCACCUUGCUCUGUGGCAGUAUUUGUUGACCGUGGAUUUGGCGUGUCGUCGACGCAAGUUGUCGAGCCGUCAGCAACCAUCCCAGGACAAAACCAGCACGUGUUUGUUCCAUUCUUUGGCACCGAGGACGACAGGGAAGCUCUCCGCUUCGUCGCACAAUUAGCUUCUCACCCCGGGCUUUCAGUCACUGUUCUCCGAGUGCGAGUACAAGGAGACAACAACAAGGACUUAUCAUCCGCCACGCUAGCCAUCGAUGUUCUCCACUCAUCAUCCUCAGGAGAAGCAACAUCUGAAUCUACACUCAACGACACAUCCAUUUCCACACUCACCAACAUCAACCCUACCAAUGUCUCUGUCGAGAACAUCAACACCACUGAUGCCUUGUCAGCCGUUACAUCCCGAGGUAACGCAUUUGGACGCAAGGACUUGAUUGUGGUGGGUCACGAUACAUACGCUACUCUUGCGCGCAUGGCUGGCGGGACAUUGAAAAAGUGGGUGGACGAGGACAGUGCUAGUUCAGUUGUGAUUGUGAAAAGGCACGAAACCCGGAAUCUUGACGACUCUAGUGUAAAAGAAAAGUGAGACGUCCGGAUCCCAGUUGCGUGAACCUUUUGUGAAUAUGGAGGUUGAUCCUUUAUCAUGUAUAAUUUCUUAUAUCAUUAUUGGCCUUACGGCAUUUGAAAUAUGUGUAAAAGUUGUGAAAUCAUGAUUCUCUAUGUGUGAUCAA